GGCAACCAGAGGAGUCUUUAAUAAACAGAUCCCGGCAGCAGAUGCUAGUCGAGCUAGCAGCGUCUUUAGCCCCUUCUGUUUUCUGGAGACAUCCAACCGUCCACCAUGUCUUCAAGGACUCUGCCACUGCUCUUCAUCAACCUCGGCGGGGAGAUGCUGUACAUCCUGGACCAGCGGCUCCGAGCCCAGAACAUCCCCGCGGACAAAGCUAAGAAAGUUUCCACAAUAGUUGGCUGGAUAGAGGAUGACAGAAGGAGAGUUAUGAAUGACAUCAUCACCACCAUGUUCAACAAAAAGUUCCUGGAGGAGCUUUUCAAGCCGCAGGAGCUUUACUCCAAGAAGGCCCUGCGGACUGUGUUCGACAGGCUGGCCCACGCAUCCAUCAUGAGACUCAAUCAAGCCAGCAUGGACAAGCUCUAUGACUUGAUGACCAUGGCCUUCAAGUACCAGGUGCUGCUAUGUCCCAGACCGAAGGACAUCCUCUUAGUGUCCUUCAACCACAUGGAUGCCAUCAAGGACUUUGUGAAAGACACUCCCAGCAUCCUCAGCCAAGUGGAUGAGACUUAUCAACAGCUCAUAGAGAUGUAUACGCCCAUGUGUAGCGGGGAAUUCCAGCUGAUUAGACAAACUCUUUUAAUCUUCUUCCAAGACAUGCAUAUAAGGGUGUCCAUUUUCCUAAAGGACAAAGUACAGAACUCUAAUGGCCGCUUUGUACUUCCCAUCAGUGGCCCUGUGCCUCAUGGAACACAAGUCCCAGGCUUGAUAAGGAUGUUUAGCUGCACGGGGGAAGAAGUGAACAGGCUGAAGUUCACUAAUGGAGGAAACUACACCGCUGCUACUCGGGAAGGAUCUUUUGAGAUAUUUGGAGACAGGGUCACCAAACUAGGCACAAACAUGUACAGUGUCAGCCGUCCAGUGGAAACCCACAUGUCAGGAACAUCUAAAAAUUCUGCUCAGAACACUAAGGUCAAUGCUGCUCCCAACCCUCUGGCCAAGGAGGAGCUGAAUCUGUUGGCCAAAUUAAUGGGAAGGUUAGAAGAUCCGAAUCCAGGAAACACAGACAGCGGUUUCCGAGUCAACCUCUUUGCCACCGAUGAGGAAGAAGAAGAGGCGUUAAUAUCAAGACCAGAUGAGCUUUCAUAUGGCGUCAUUAAAAUCCAAGCAACAAAGGACCUACAGGCCAAUGCUGAGCUGGCCAAGAUCAUGGGAGAGUUCACGGUGUCGGGAGAUCAGUCUCCCAGCGCCAGCAGCAAAGGAGAUGACCUUCUGGCCAUGAUGGACGGUCUGUGACACGUCACCUCGACAGAAAUGCCCAGGGGAUGGAGAAUAAUGCAUCGCUGGCUGUCUGCUCUUCUGUAGACCAGUCUACUGUCCGAACCUGCAACAACACCACAGGAACCUCACGUGCAGCCAGAAAAACCUUCUUGUUUGGGUGGUUUUAAAAUGCAGCUCUGAGGUGUGUCAACCUACUGUCUAUGAUCCACAGUUGAUUUGCAUAGAUAACCUAGCAGAGCAUUCAAUAUAGUGCAUACCUCCACCAACGGCCCUAUCUCGCAAUCUUAAGAAAGGGAUUAAAAACUCCACCCUCCACCCUCUGUCCGGAUCCAAGCUAAAACAUUUAAGCGGCUGAAAAAAAAAACCACUCCCUCAUAAAAACUGAUUUAGAUCCUGGAUUUGUAGAUCCACAUUGCACACAUUUGUAGUGUGUCCCCUAAAUAUGCAUUUUUUUUCAUUAAGAUCCAUGAAUUAUUUCCUGGGAAGUCUUUGAAAAUCUGAAAAACGCCCUACCUUGCAAUGCUAAAGAAAGUGAUACCUGGAUCCGCCCUUUGUCCAGAUCCUCAACUAAAUUAAAUUGGUUCUUUCUUGGCCCUUUGUUGAAUAUGUAUAUGUGGAAUAACAAAACUUUGUUUGUCUAAUGUGACGGUGUCACAUUUUUUUAAAAAUCUGGCUCAGACUGCGCUGCUGUACGCAAAAUAUUCCAGUAAUUUGACAUACGGUCAUGUAUUAGAUGAUUUUCAGGUUUAUAGUCCAUAAAUCUGUUUUUUAUUACAGUGUAAAGAGGAAGUUUGUUUACUUCUGCUGUAUUCUCAUGAUUAAAUGAUGAUGGGGGGGAGAGAGGAAACCCAAGUGCUCUUUCUAUCAUGAUUGGAAUUCCCUCAAAACUUUAUUUUGAUAAGAAAUAUAUUUAUGUAACAUCAUCCUGUCCUACCUUAAAAUGGUAAGAGAAGCAACUUGUAAGACAUGUUCCACCACCCUGUGAUGUCUCUGAAUGUUCAGAAAUGGCCCAGAAAUUGGCUCAUUGAUGGGUACUUGAUUAUAAUAGAGAAAAAUGCAAUAUAAAGAACGGUGUAAUAUGUAAAUAUGUUAAUUGCAUACUUUAUUUAUUUCAAUGUAUAAUUUUCUGUGUAUAGGAGUGCAUAUUGCUGCAAUUGUCAAAUUGUUGAAUGUGCAAGGCCGAAUUUUUAAUAAAUUGUUGAAUAAA